UUGAACGUGACAGCAGCGCAACACGAAGUCAUCACCUACCCCUGUGUGGCAGGCGAACUCCUAGAGAUAGUGGCGGGUCCUGGGUCAGGCAAAACCAAAACGUUGAUCGCGCGAAUCUCGUAUAUGAUCAACCUGGGAAUCACACCGAAUGAGAUCCUCGUUCUAUCGAUGACCAACAGGGCGGUGGACGCCUUACGGACCGCGUUAGCGCAGCUAGUCGGCUCUGAUUUUGCUGCAAGCGUGAACAUCUACACGUUCCAUGGCUUUUGUAACAAGCUUCUUCUCGAGCACGGCAAGGAUUUUGGCUUGGACCCGUCCUGGCAGAUCAUUGAGGAAAACGGUUGGCGUACCUUAAACAGCAUGGUGGAGGUCCGAAACAUCUACUCGCUCCAGAAAGCUGUGAACGAAGCCAGAACCUCCCAGGAUGUUGCCGCCAUAGCGCGGAAGUUCAAAAUAUCCUUGAAAUCCUUGCAAAAGGUUUUGCGGACGCUAAAACAAUCGCAUAUGAAAACAUAUGGGGACGUGGCCAGUGAGGCAAUCCAGCUUAUGACCGAAAAUCCCGCCCUAUUGAACAAUUUCAAAUGUGUAGUGGUUGACGAAUUCCAAGAUGUCUACCCUGCCAUCCUUGAAAUGGCGGUGGCAAUUUCCAAGGGUAAGCAUCUAACGAUCGCGGGCGAUCCACAGCAGGCGAUUUACGAGUUUCUUGGGUCUAAUCCCGAAACACUAUCCACUAUCUCCUCACAUUUCCCCAACUUUACCAUCAAAAGAAUCAACUUGGACGUCUGUUUCAGAUCUACACCCGAGAUUAUGAAAGCAGCUGAGCUUGUGGUGAGCGAUACGGCCCUGAGAGAUGUUGUCAGGGACCCGGGACCACUCCCGGUGCUCCAAUUCUUUACGACUGCGGACCAGGAAAGGAGCUUUGUUUGUAGUGAGAUCAGGCGGUUGAUUGACAACUCCGAGGGGGUCUUGAGGUACAGUGACAUUGCAGUCCUAUCCAGUACCAACGCUAGUUUGAACAAGAUGAAGGAGUCGCUCAGUGGCAGCGGUAUCAAGAGCUCCCGCUUGAUGACCUCACCCAGCUGGACUGCAAGUAAGGUUGCCCAUCUCGUGGAUUUGCUUCGUGUAUUGCACAACCCCCACACCAACUUUCCGCUUAUUUGCGCCCUCAACAUGUUGCCCAAAGUGGGCCAAGCCUUGUUGAACAACUUGUACCAAUCUUCGUUAGAUAGCGAUACGUCUUUAUGGGACCAACUCGAGCUCUAUCUUUGCCAGGAGCCGCUGAAAACUCCGGGAGCUGUUCCCGUGCUCAAACAGUUUGUCGAAACCGUCAAAACUAUCAUGGCAGGCGAGAUCGAGCACGAGGGACCGGUGGGAAUCAUGGAAGCCUUGCAUACGUUGGUAGAGCAGUGUCUGAUCAACAAGAUCUUUCCCAAGACUGAGACUGGGUACGACCGUACCGAGCUCGAGCUCGAAUUGCGCAGCUUCUACGACAGUUUGUGCCAGUUGGAGGAACAGAAGCUGCCAAACGACUCCUUGGUGGACUACUUUCUCAAGCACUACACGGACGGGUUGUCAAAGACAACCGGCGAUCAGGUGAACCUCUCCACGAUCCAUUCUGCGAAGGGGUUGGAGUUCCCCAUUGCUUUCGUGUUGGGCCAUGGGAGCAGGUGGCAGGCGUUGGAGGAGUCAUAUGUGGAUGAGCCAGGCGAGGUUGAGCGGUUGUUAUUUGUGGCCAUGACCAGAGCCCGGAACAUGUUGUAC